GAUACAUCCACAUAACAGCAGAUCAUCUCCGUUAUUUUGCAUCUUGACUUGUUGAGAUUUUCAGCGGAUCUCUGCUUAUGUAGGCUUUAUGAAUGAGGAAGAUCUCGCAGCGGAAGAAUGUCCCGUCGAAAGCAAGCAAAACCACAGCAGCUGAGAUCGGACGAGGACCCUUCACUUCUGGAGCUGCUUCCUGAGCACGUCAUAGGUAAAGGACUAGAUGAUUCAGACAGUGGAAAUGAGAGCCGCAGUGGGAGUGAAGAGACCCAUGUGUGUGAAAAGUGUUGUGCUGAGUUCUUUAAGUGGACUGAUUUCUGUGAACAUCUGAAGACCUGUACCAAGAAUCCACUUGUGUUAAUUAUCAGUGACAAUGAAGCGACUUCAGACCAAACACAGGACUACCUACCUGAGCCAUCACCCAUGCCCAGCUGCAGCAGUGAGCUGGCAGAAAGUGAGGAUGCAGUAGAGGAAAGCCACAUGCCCGCUGAAGGUGUUGAAGGAGCAGAGAUGAUACUGGACCCAGCUGCUGUCCUGGAGAAAGAAUAUGAGCCCAUGGAAGUGGAACUGUCUCCUGAGAAACACAUACAUUCUGAAGAUCAAGUUACAUUGUCAGAGCCAGACAUAAGCCUGCCUCAACCUGAAGAUCAUAAGCACUCUUCUGGGGCAGGAUACACUAUACCCAGCACUAAUGUCACACUGGGAACACUGCAUGGAACCCGUGUGGCUGUGGCUCAAUUCUCUCAGAGUGCCCGGGGAGCACUUAUUGGUGAAGCAUCAACUAUAGCCAUCCCUAUGAUCCUUGACCAGCUCAUGGCCUUGCAGCAACAACAGCUCCACCAGCUUCAAUUGAUAGAGCAGAUUCGAAGCCAGGUGACGCUAAUAAACAAACAAGCGUCCACACAGACAGCUGUCAAUCAUCAAGUAGACCGGAGCAUGACUGGUGCCUUAGAAGUAACUUCAUCUUCCAACAUACCCACAAUGCCUGGUCAGCUUAAUAUGCAUAGCUUCAUUACACCUUCUGUGCAUCAGCUGCCUAUCCAGGGGCCCCCCUAUUUAAAUGAACAGGUCUCAGCCUCAUUAUCUUCAGUUCUGGAGGUAGCUUGUGCCAGUGUUCCACACACUGGUGGCCAAGUGGACAGUUCUGAGAUGAAAAACAAUAUCAAAAUUAAUUCCUUAUAUCCAUCAACCAGUAAUGUGGUUCCUUCUCAAAUGCCACCAUGCUCAGAGUCGACUGGCAGCAAUAGCUGCACCACUAGUAGCACAGGAACUGGGGGUGAAAUAAGUUGUGGUAUUUCACUUCCAAAAAACACACCUAGUCCUCUGACACAGACUCAUGGAAGAUCGCUAAAAUCCCCCUCCAGCAUUCCUCUUGUACCUCACAGCUCAUCCAGCAGUGUUAUCUUCCCUAAUCCUCUAGCCAGUAUUGCAGCCACAACAAAUGCUCUUGAUCCUCUUUCCGCCCUAAUGAAGCAUCACAAAGGAAAGCCCCCAAAUGUCUCUCUAUUUGACACCAAAACCAGUUCAGAAGAUCCCUUCUUCAAACACAAGUGCAGAUUUUGUUCCAAAGUGUUUGGAAGUGACAGUGCCCUGCAAAUUCAUCUUCGUUCCCAUACUGGUGAAAGGCCUUUCAAAUGCAACAUUUGUGGUAAUCGCUUCUCCACAAAGGGUAACUUGAAGGUCCAUUUUCAGAGACACAAAGAAAAGUAUCCUCACAUUCAAAUGAACCCCUAUCCAGUACCCGAGUAUUUGGACAAUAUUCCAACUAGCUCAGGUAUACCUUAUGGCAUGUCAUUGCCCCCGGAAAAACCUGUUACCACAUGGCUGGACAGCAAACCUGUUUUGUCUACAAUCCCAACGUCAAUAGCACUGCAACUCCCUCCAACAAUACCCAGUAUUAUAGGAAGCUAUGGGGAUUCAACUAGUUUUACCCCUUUAAGUAGGUCACCUCAAAGGCCAUCACCACCAUCAAGUGAGUGCACAUCUAUAUCUCCUAAUCACCUCAUUGGUGAGGCAAGUAUUGCACACAUUUCCAGUUCACCACAGCCUAGUAUGGCGAGUGACACACCACCAAUUCUUAAACGUGAAGCCCUUCAUUUAGCACCCAUCUCCACCACCAGGCCUGAAGAAACCAGCAUAUUGACUACUUCCAUAUCCCAAGUGAUUCCUACAACCACAGUUACAACCACAACUAGCACCAGAACACAGAUCACAGACUCAGCAAAUACUCCCUCUGUUGUCUCUCAUUCAUCCCUUCAAACGGUUUCCAGUCAGUUUAAGUUUCCUUUUGGUGGCCUCCUGGACUCUAUGCAAACAUCAGAGACCUCUAAACUACAGCAGUUGGUGGAAAAUAUUGAUAAAAAGAUGACAGACCCCAACCAAUGUGUCAUCUGUCAUCGUGUGCUUAGUUGUCAGAGUGCUCUAAAGAUGCAUUAUCGCAUCCAUACAGGAGAAAGACCCUUUAAAUGUAAAAUAUGUGGUCGUGCUUUCACAACCAAGGGUAAUUUGAAAACACACUUUGGGGUUCACAGAUCAAAGCCUCCUCUCCGGGUACAGCACUCUUGUCCCAUAUGCCAAAAAAAGUUUACUAAUGCAGUUGUUCUGCAGCAACACAUCCGCAUGCAUAUGGGUGGACAUAUUCCAAACACACCCCAACCUGAGAGUUUUCUGGACAUGGAUAGAGAUCUUUCAUUUGAUGAAACGAACUUAGAUACCAUGAGCAGUUAUGACGAAGAGCUAAUUGAUGAGAUGGACCAAGCAAUAGAAGAUGAAACAGGUCAUAAAGGAGGGAAUGUGGACUCACCCAAAAAACAUUUAUCCACACAGAUUUCUCCAAGCACUUCACCCCCAACCUCUCCUUUAUCUAGCAUUGUUGGUUUGGAAAAGGAAAUUAAGCUUACUGACUCAACAGUUAAAACAACCAAUUCUUUCAGCCUGAUGCCUCCAGAAAAUGUGAGGGGAACAGAUAGGAAAAAUGAAGACAUGUUUAAGAAUGAUUCAUCUUCCACUGUAAGAGACUUGGAGAAUCAUAGUGUUGGGAGUCCAGCACAAUCUGAAUCAUCUGGCUCUAUGCAGGCUCUGUCUCCUACUUGUAGUCAGUGUGAGAGUCAUCGCUCCAAGUCCCCUACCCAGUCAAAUAACAGUGAGGGCGAAGCUCUACAUCUUCCUUCAGGGAAUGCAACAGUGAAGUCUGAACAGCCAGAUACCCCUUCUCCUGUAUCAGAAAACACCGGCGCAUUAGAUCUCACUGCUGCACAGCACACUAGGUCAUUUGUCCAAGACGAGAAUCCCUUCAGUCUGCUGUUCCUUGGAAAAGACAGAGGUAUAAGUAUUGUGAGCUCAGAGCCAAGCACAGUCAGAUUUGAGAAUGGACACAAUAAACCACUGGCUAUGUGUGAGGUGCCCCACUUACCAGUUGGCCCCCAGAUACUUACCACAACCUCUCAGACAACAAAAAGCCCCAAUCUUACACCGAUGCUGGCAUCCCCUCCACCUCGGCGGACCCCCAAACAGCAUAACUGCACAUCUUGUGGGAAGAAUUUUUCAUCAGCUAGUGCUCUUCAGAUCCAUGAGCGCACUCACACAGGAGAAAAACCAUUUGGCUGUUCCAUCUGUGGCAGAGCCUUCACCACAAAGGGAAAUCUGAAGGUCCACAUGGGAACUCACAUGUGGAACAAUGCCCCAGCCCGUCGGGGAAGACGACUGUCAGUGGACAAUCCGAUGGCUCUCCUAGGGGGAGAUGCUAUAAAAUUCAAUGAAAUGUUUCAGAAGGAUCUUGCAGCACGAGCAAUCAAUGUAGACCCAGGCUUUUGGAAUCAGUAUGCUGUAGCCAUUACCAAUGGACUAGCAAUGAAAAACAAUGAGAUCUCUGUCAUUCAGAAUGGAGGCAUUCCAUCCCUUCCCAUUAGUAUAAGUGGUGGUGGCAUUCCUGCUGUAGGUGGAAUGUCAGGAGGGAUGGAGAGGUCUCGCACUGGGAGCGGCCCUCCCCUGACUGGACUUGAGAAGACUAACUUGGAAGUUGGAACUGGUAAUCCCUUUUCCAGAUUCAGGGAAGAGGACAAUGAAAUCGGUAUUAACUGAUGAUGUACAUCAAUAAAAGGAUGCAGAA